CAGAUUAGCAGGUGAAGAUCAAACCAUAAAACAAACAAAACAAGCAGUUCGAGAAAGCCCUAAAACCCUGCAGUCUAAAGUAGACAUAUACAAAGACUUCGUUCCAAUCUCUAGUUUUCAAGCGAAGUAACACUGAUUCUCUCUCUAGAAAUCGGAACAAAGUUUCUCUGUCUGUUGAAGCGACCGGAAGAAGAUGUCGCUGCGAGUGCUAAACCCUAAUGCUGAAGUUCUGAACAAAUCGGCGGCUCUGCACAUGAACAUCAAUGCCGCCAAGGGCUUGCAGGACGUGCUCAAGACAAACCUCGGUCCCAAAGGAACUAUUAAGAUGCUUGUUGGUGGCGCGGGUGAUAUCAAGCUGACCAAGGAUGGCAACACUCUGUUGAAAGAAAUGCAAAUUCAAAACCCAACAGCAAUCAUGAUUGCGAGGACUGCUGUUGCACAAGAUGAUACAAGUGGAGAUGGGACAACUUCUACAGUACUCUUCAUCGGUGAGCUUAUGAAGCAGUCGGAACGAUACAUUGAUGAAGGGAUGCACCCACGUGUUUUGGUAGAUGGCUUUGAGAUUGCUAAAAGAGCAACUCUCCAAUUUCUUGAAAAAUUUAAGACUCCAGUGGUGAUGGGUAAUGAGCCUGACAAGGAGAUCCUAAAAAUGGUAUCAAGAACAACAUUAAGGACAAAGCUGUAUGAAGCUUUGGCAGAUCAGUUGACCGACAUAGUUGUUAAUGCGGUCCUCUGCAUCCGAAAACCUGAGGAAGGAAUUGAUCUAUUUAUGGUCGAGAUAAUGCACAUGCGCCAUAAAUUUGAUGUGGACACACGCCUGGUUGAGGGUCUUGUCCUUGACCAUGGUUCUCGACAUCCUGAUAUGAAGAGAAGAGCCGAGAAUUGUUACAUCUUGACUUGCAAUGUAUCCUUGGAAUAUGACAAAAGUGAAAUAAAUGCAGGUUUUUUCUACUCAAAUGCUGAGCAGAGAGAAGCUAUGGUUGUUGCUGAAAGGCGUCAAGUGGAUGAAAGAGUUAAAAAAAUCAUUGAACUAAAAAAUAAGGUUUGUUCGGGCAAUGAAAAUAAUUUUGUUGUCAUCAAUCAAAAGGGUAUCGAUCCCCCAUCACUUGACCUUCUGGCAAGGGCCGGGAUAAUUGCUCUAAGAAGAGCAAAGAGGAGGAAUAUGGAACGACUUGUUUUGGCUUGUGGAGGAGAAGCUGUGAAUUCUGUUGAUGAUUUAACCCCUGAAUGCCUUGGUUGGGCUGGACUGGUUUAUGAACAUGUCCUUGGUGAAGAGAAGUAUACAUUUGUUGAACACGUGAAGAAUCCUCAUUCCUGCACAAUCUUGAUAAAAGGACCUAAUGACCAUACAAUUGCCCAAAUAAAGGAUGCUGUCCGUGACGGUCUGAGGGCAGUGAAAAAUACAAUUGAAGAUGAGUCCGUUGUCCUGGGAGCUGGAGCCUUUGAAGUUGCAGCUCGGCAGUAUCUGGUUAAUGAAGUGAAGAAAACAGUUCAAGGGCGUGCCCAGCUAGGUGUUGAAGCCUUUGGCGAUGCUCUUCUUGUGGUGCCCAAGACACUUGCUGAGAACUCUGGGCUUGACACUCAAGAUGUGAUUAUUGCUCUUACGGGAGAGCAUGACAGGGGUAACAUCGUGGGUUUAAACCAGCAUACGGGAGAACCUAUUGACCCUCAAAUGGAGGGUAUCUUUGACAAUUACUCUGUCAAACGUCAAAUCAUAAACUCAGGACCUGUAAUUGCAUCCCAGUUGCUACUUGUUGAUGAAGUGAUUCGGGCUGGGCGCAAUAUGAGGAAACCAAAUUAGUUUGUGUUGUGGUUUAGUCUAUAAUAUUUUGUUGUCUAUGGAUUUCUUUGGGGGUUUUGUUACAUCUUGGUGUGCCAGUGCUAGCCAUAAUUUAAUCAGUAGUUGUGGGAUCGAAGAUUGUUCUUGCGUAAAUCUCCUAUUUUGCUCUGAAUUGAGAAUGAACCAAGGCAUUACAUGUGCUACUUUUUUCUAUUGUCAACGGAGUUUUUGGUGGUUUUCUCUUCUUUUCGUA